CUGUGCCCAGCCCAGCCCGGGGCACGGCCGGGGCCGCAGCCUGUGCCCAGCCCGGCCGGGGGCGGCCUGCGCCGCUGAAAGAGAGACAAAGAAAAUAAACUGCUUUUGACAUGUUCUUCAGAAAACCCAGAUCUGUCUGAUAGGGUCUUUCCAAACAUGCUUCACUGAAAUGGAGGAUCUCGGGAAGUCGAAAGAAAGUGGCUGGAAGAAGCAUCUGCUGUCUCCAGAGAUGCCUCCAAGCUGGACACCGCUGGCAGCGGACUUGAAGGCGGCGGCGGCCGCUCUCUCCCGAGUCCGGCCGGGCACCUGCGGGGCGGGCGGGCUCCCGCUGCCAUUGGCCUGGCGCCGCUUCCCGCCUCCUUUGAAAGCUCGGGAAGGGCGGGCAGCAGCCGUGCCUCGGCAGUCGGGCAGCAGGGCCGGGCCGGCAGGGGAGCGCUGGGCCAGCGCAGGAUGCCGCAGGUUUGUUGUUAUGCAGGACUUGCAAGCAGCUCUUACCAGAUUAGUUCAAGACCCUCUCCUGGAAGCUGCUCCUCAGAGAUUCACUCCUGAGCUCUACACUUCAACCUCUCAUCUGCAUGGAUGGACUUGUGGGUUUGGGUGUGAAGUGUAGCCUUGAACAGAAUUUUAUUUUAAAGGAAGCAUUACUGCUUAGGAGAAUUGGAAGAGUGGUGGGAGGGGAGAUUACAGUGGCAGUAAAGAGAGCUGUGAGGUUCCAGCCGACCUCUUUGGUUCAGCACUACAGAUGAUUCAGCUCUAGAAGAAAGAUUUGUCUUCACAAAUUCCUUUGAAAGCACAAUGGAUGCAUUUUAGAGUUCUACAGAAGUCAUCUAGGAACAAGAACAUUGGACUUUGAGAAAUAACAGAGUUCAUAGAGCCCAGAAAUUGGUCAUUAAUAAAGCCUCUUUGGCCAUACAGCUUGGAAAUGAGUACCAUUGAGACGGCAAAGCUUGAAGAGCACAUGGAGGGUCAGCCAAAUGAGACUUCUACAGGCUACUCACGACCUACUCUCUCAGUCAGUGAAGAGAACAAAAAUGGCGCUAGCAAACCAAAGGGCUUGUCUAAUGGCUUGCGAAAAACAGCAAAGAAAUAUCCUGAUUACAUCCAGAUUGCUAUGCCUGCUGAAUCUAGGAACAAAUUUCCUCUGGAAUGGUGGAAAACAGGCAUUGCCUUUGUCUAUGCUCUCUUCAACUUGAUUUUAACAACUGUCAUGAUCACUGUGGUCCAUGAGAGAGUACCUCCAAAGGAGCUAAGCCCUCCCUUGCCUGACAAAUUUUUUGAUUACAUUGAUCGUGUGAAAUGGGCCUUUUCUGUAUCAGAAAUAAAUGGAAUGAUACUACUUGGAUUAUGGAUAUUCCAGUGGUUGUUUCUUAGAUACAAAUCAAUAGUGGGACGCAGGUUCUUUUUUAUAAUAGGAACUUUGUAUCUGUACCGCUGUAUUACCAUGUACGUUACCACCUUACCUGUGCCUGGAAUGCAUUUUCAGUGUGCGCCAAAGUUGAAUGGAGACUCUCAGGCAAAGGUUCAGAGAAUUCUGCGACUGAUUUCUGGUGGUGGUCUGUCCAUAACUGGAUCACACAUCCUGUGUGGAGACUUCCUGUUUAGUGGACACACUGUAGUAUUAACGCUGGUCUAUCUGUUCAUCAAAGAGUAUUCACCGCGACAUUUCUGGUGGUAUCACUUAAUCUGCUGGCUGAUGAGCGCUGCUGGCAUCAUUUGUAUCCUGGUUGCUCAUGAACACUAUACCGUAGAUGUCAUCAUUGCCUACUAUAUCACUACACGGCUCUUCUGGUGGUACCACUCCAUGGCUAAUGAAAAGACUUUAAAGGUGUCUUCGCAGACAAAUUUUCUCUCUCGAGCAUGGUGGUAUCCAAUAUUUUAUUUCUUCGAGAAGAAUGUGCAAGGCUCUGUUCCUUGCAGUUUUUCCUGGCCAAUAUCUUGGCCUCCCAGCUGCUUCAAAUCUUCAUGCAAAAAGUAUUCACGGGUUCAGAAGACAGGAGAGGACAAUGAAAAAUCUACCUGAAGAAAAGAAUCUGCUCUGGUUUCUUCAUUUUUGGUGGUUUUUUUUUGGGUUUUUUUUGGGGUUUUUUUG